GCCACAGAAUUGCAGACAACAAAUGAAGGCCAAGAAGGCACAUAAUUUCACGUCGCAGAAUUUCGUCGAAGAGAGUUUAUUUCCCUAAGACACGUGCUCGUGAGACGUACAAUACCAAAAUAUUGGUCAUCUUAAUACAGUGUUUUGGAAACACUCACGAUUUGUUUAUUACACUUUAUUACAUAUUUGACGAUGGAAAUUAUUCAUGAAACACUUCGUAGACGCAUUAAGGAAGCGAACAAAGAUACAUGGCUAACAGAUAAAUUUAACACAUUGAAGAAUGAUGAAGAACGUGUGAUAUUUACUUUUGAAGUAAUGCAAGAAUUCAAUGUUGUUCCUAAAGUAAAAAAUGUGCCAAAAAAUCUUGUAGAUUCUAUAAAAUUUAGAGAAGAAGGAAAUAAGUUGUUUCUUACAAACCCUCUCAAUGGAUAUAAAUGUAUUACAAUAUUAGAAUUAUAUACAAAAAGCAUAGCUUAUGCAAAUCCUUCAUCGGAAGAACUUGCUUUGGCUUAUGCUAACAUACCUUGUGAUCAUUGCGUUUAUGCCCUGUAUUGUUCUGAAAAAUGUAAAUUGGAAGACUGGAAGAAAUAUCAUGAUAUAGAAUGUCCUGUAUUUUCAAUAUUGUUUGAGAUUUCUGAUUAUAUUAAAUUUGAUCUGUUUAGCGCCAGAAUUGCAAUACAAGCAAUAAGAGAGUUUAAAAAUUUGGAAAAUUUAAGGAAGGAAAUUAAGAAAGUUGAUGAAUGGGAUGAUCCUAGAACAAAAGGUUUUAGUUCCGAUAAGAAACUUCACAGUGAUAAAUAUAUAAGUAUAUAUUGUCUUACAACCAAUACUGAAAAGAGAUCAGCAAUUGAUCUAUUCAGAAGAUCUGUAGAUGCUUGUAUUAUUUUAUAUUUACUUGCUACACGUACUGUGAUAUUUGGCGAUAAAUUGGAAGAUGAAUUAUCUGCAUUGAUUAAAAACAAAGAUGUUACAUUAAUUGGUGGGCUUAUUUUAAGGCAUCAACAAUUAAUACCUAGUAAUGUUCAUAGUUUUAGUGAAGAAUACAUUUUAGAUAGUAAAGAACGAGGUGUUGUAGCAAUGGCAUUUUAUAGUCUGUUUAAUCAUAGCUGUAAUCCAAACGUACUAAGAUUUUCAAGAUCUAGAGAAAUGAUUAUGUGUGCUGCUUAUCCUAUACAGAAAGGAGAACAGCUUUUAGAUAAUUAUGGUCAGCAUUAUGCCAUAAUGGGAAAAUCAAAAAGACAAGAGGGACUUCUGAAACAAUAUUAUUUCGAAUGUAAUUGCAUAGCAUGUGAAUGGGAUUGGCCUCCAUAUUUUGCUCUAUAUUCUUACCAAGAUUUAGGAACAAAUUAUGAUAAUGGGAUUAUCGCGAAGGCUCUAAGAAAGUUCGAGACAUACGUGUCUUUAGCAACUGUGGAUGAAGUUCAUGACAAACCGCAUAUAAUACGAGAUUUAUUAAAGAUGGUACAAGUUUUAUAUGAUCAUGCUCCAAUACCUUGUAAAGAAAUGAAUGAGGUUGUGGAAACUAUAAAACGUGUGUAUUCUUUAAGUGGAAACAGAUUUGACUUGCCUGUAGUGUAAAUAUAAUAAUGAUAGCUGCGUGUAUUCUUAUUUGUUUUAAAUGAAUAAAUGAUAAAUAAAAAUAAUAAAUAUGAUAUAAAUAUAACAA